GGAUUGCAGCCUGCCUCCCCACCCUUCCAGUGGGGAUGACCCUGCAAGGAUGUGGCUGGGGGCAGUGGCCUUGGGUUAAAUGGCUCACUCACUACCCUGUGACCUGGCCAGGGUGUGGGAUUGUGCCUUGCUUCCCUGUCCUUCUGGUGGGGAUGAUGACUGGCAUUUGCUGAGUUCCAUGGGACUGUGGAAAGGGCUGUGUCACUGUAGACGCUCCAUCAGAAAUGCUGAUGUGUAUUCUUACCACGGGCAUCUGUGGGCCGCCAUUGUCUCCUGGCAUCUGGCUGCCCUUGGAACCCAGCAACACCCAGAGACUUGGGCUCUGAUCAGAAGUCCUGCCCAGAGCGAGUAGGGUCACGCCAGAGUGAGGCUGGGGACAGCAUGGUCCACUGUGGCCGAGAUGUAACUUUUAGUCCUGCCUCCUUAUCCGGUUUGGCAGGAACAGGACAGGGUGGUUAGCAGGCUGCAGUGUGGUGGGAGUGAAAGUGUACAGUCCUAUGCGGUAUUUUUGCACAGCCUGACGGUGGGGUCAAGUUUAGAGCCUUUGAGCUGAGAAUCUGGAGAGAGCAGUGGAUGCAGAUGGGCAUUUGCUCGUCCUUGCUGUGAGAAGACAGGCCACGGGGCUGCACGCAGCCCCCAUGGAUGCCUUUGUGAACAGCCAGGAAUGGACGCUGAGUCGAUCUGUCCCGGAGCUCAAAGUGGGAAUUGUGGGUAACUUGGCCAGCGGCAAGUCUGCCCUGGUGCACCGGUACCUGACGGGCACUUAUGUCCAGGAGGAGUCUCCGGAAGGUGGCAGGUUCAAGAAAGAGAUUGUCGUUGACGGACAGAGCUAUCUGCUGCUGAUUAGAGACGAAGGGGGCCCCCCGGAGGCGCAGUUCGCCAUGUGGGUGGACGCUGUUAUAUUUGUCUUCAGCUUGGAGGAUGAAAUAAGUUUCCAGACCGUUUACCACUACUACAGUCGAAUGGCCAGCUAUCGGAACACGAGCGAGAUUCCUCUGGUUCUCGUGGGAACCCAGGAUGCCAUAAGUUCUACUAACCCGAGGGUCAUCGAUGACGCCAGAGCGAGGAAGCUCUCCAACGACCUGAAACGGUGCACGUACUACGAGACGUGUGCUACCUACGGGCUGAACGUGGAGAGGGUCUUCCAGGACGUUGCCCAGAAGAUUGUUGCCACAAGGAAGAAGCAGCAGCUGUCCAUAGGACCCUGCAAGUCGCUGCCUAAUUCUCCCAGCCAUUCCUCCGUCUGUUCUGCGCAGGUGUCCGCCGUGCACAUCAGCCAGACAAGUAAUGGAGGUGGGAGUUUAAGCGACUAUUCCUCCUCCGUUCCAUCGACUCCCAGCACCAGCCAGAAGGAACUUCGAAUCGAUGUUCCUCCCACUGCCAACACGCCCACGCCCGUUCGCAAGCAGUCCAAGCGCCGGUCCAACCUGUUCACCUCUCGGAAAGGGAGCGACCCAGACAAAGAGAAGAAAGGCCUGGAGAGUCGUGCGGACAGCAUCGGGAGCGGCCGAGCCAUCCCAAUUAAACAGGGCAUGCUGUUGAAGCGAAGUGGCAAAUCGUUGAAUAAAGAGUGGAAAAAGAAAUAUGUCACCCUGUGUGACAAUGGCGUGCUGACCUAUCACCCCAGUUUACAUGAUUACAUGCAGAAUGUUCAUGGUAAGGAGAUUGACCUUCUGAGAACCACUGUGAAAGUCCCAGGGAAGAGGCCACCCCGAGCCACGUCGGCCUGCGCACCCAUCUCCAGCCCUAAAACCAAUGGCCUGUCCAAGGACAUGAGCAGUUUACACAUCUCACCCAAUUCAGGGAAUGUCACUAGUGCAUCUGGGUCUCAGAUGGCAAGCGGCAUCAGCCUGGUCUCCUUCAACAGCCGACCCGAUGGCAUGCACCAGCGCUCCUACUCAGUCUCCAGUGCCGACCAGUGGAGUGAGGCUACGGUCAUUGCAAACUCGGCCAUCAGCAGUGACACGGGGCUGGGUGACUCCGUAUGCUCCAGUCCCAGUAUCUCCAGCACCACCAGCCCCAAGCUCGACCCGCCCCCCUCCCCUCACGCCAACAGAAAGAAGCACCGAAGGAAGAAAAGCACUAGCAACUUCAAAGCCGAUGGCCUGUCCGGCACUGCUGAAGAACAAGAAGAAAACUUUGAGUUUAUCAUUGUGUCCCUCACUGGCCAAACGUGGCACUUUGAAGCCACGACGUAUGAGGAGCGGGACGCCUGGGUCCAAGCCAUCGAGAGCCAGAUCCUGGCCAGCCUGCAGUCGUGCGAGAGCAGCAAGAACAAGUCCCGGCUGACGAGCCAGAGCGAGGCCAUGGCCCUGCAGUCGAUCCGGAACAUGCGCGGGAACUCCCACUGUGUGGACUGCGAUACCCAGAAUCCUAACUGGGCCAGUUUGAACUUGGGAGCCCUCAUGUGCAUCGAGUGCUCAGGGAUCCACCGGAAUCUUGGCACCCACCUUUCCCGAGUCCGAUCUCUGGACCUGGAUGACUGGCCAAUCGAGCUCAUCAAGGUGAUGUCGUCCAUCGGGAACGAGCUAGCCAACAGCGUCUGGGAGGAGAGCAGCCAGGGGCGGACGAAACCCUCAGUAGACUCCACAAGGGAAGAGAAGGAACGGUGGAUCCGUGCCAAGUACGAGCAGAAGCUCUUCCUGGCCCCACUACCCUGCACGGAGCUGUCCCUGGGCCAGCACCUGCUGCGGGCCACCGCCGACGAGGACCUGCGGACGGCCAUCCUGCUGCUGGCACACGGCUCCCGGGACGAGGUGAACGAGACCUGCGGGGAAGGAGACGGCCGCACGGCGCUGCAUCUGGCCUGCCGCAAGGGGAAUGUGGUCCUAGCACAGCUCCUGAUCUGGUACGGGGUGGACGUCAUGGCCCGAGAUGCCCACGGGAACACAGCACUGGCCUACGCCCGGCAGGCCUCCAGCCAGGAGUGCAUCGACGUGCUGCUGCAGUACGGCUGCCCCGACGAACGCUUCGUGCUCAUGGCCACUCCCAACCUGUCCAGGAGAAACAAUAACCGGAACAACAGCAGCGGGAGGGUGCCCACCAUCAUCUGAGGAACAGCCGUGCCCGCCUGCUCGCCACACCCGGGACGCGGCAGCCUUGCCGCAUACUCGCUCGGAAUUCGCAGCACGUGAGUCCCGUCGCAUCCCCUCCCUCUUCCUGGUGGCCGCCUCCCUCCCGCCCACCCACUGUCACCCCAAACAAAAAUCACAAAACCUGGACAUCCUCAAGGGGCGAAGAGGCGGCCGGGAGACUGCAGAAGUGGCUCCUUUUCAUAAACUUCCCCUAAACCACAAGCAAGAGAGAGCGACGGGCCUCGGCCCUUUGACGAUAGCACAUGGCGCAGGACCCUUGUCCUGGUGGCACAAGGGACGGGGACGUGAGGGGGAGGGGAGGCGAGGAACAAGGAGAAGGGGCAACUUUCGUUAACUGGCAGUUAAGCACAUAGUACAUUUCACCUCUAGCAAACGGAACACUUGGAUUCCAUCUCUUCUCUGAGGAGCUUGACGGCAUAAAUCAGAAGCAAGCACACAGUUUGUCAGGUUUGAAGCCCCUAUGAUGGUAUGUGUCAAAUCAGUUGUAGCUAAUCUGUCCAGGGAGAAUACUGGCUUCAUUACACUUGUAUAGUUGAGUUCUUCCAGCAUUACUGCUGUUUAAUAGAACAUGAUUAGUCAUCACCGAGAAGAAAGCAUAUUAGCCGAGGAGGUAGUUACGUGGCACGCUCCGGUGAUUGCCACGAUGUGAUUGCAAUACUCUUAGAAGCAUCAUAUUAUCCCAGACAUGUUCUUUCAAGCCCUUGGAGCCCUCCUUUCUAAAUUCACUGUCAUAAUUUAGUAUCUGUUUAAUUUUUCAGUCCAAAGAGAGGAAAUCAGUCGCUGAGUAUUAUUUGACUGCGGUCUCCUUGGUGCAAAAACAAAAUGGGAAAAAUAAAUAAGAAUAACUCAGAAAUUCAAAAGGAAAUCACAAAUUCAGCUAACAAUAGCAUUUCGAGUAUAUUUCGUAAACUAAGUAAAUACACAAAAGGCUAUUUUUUCCGACCGUAAGAGAGAUUUUAUGUCCUUUUGCCGAGGUGGAUGUGUUAGUCUCAGGCCCUCCUGGGCCACAUUGCCCAAGUCACACAGGCUUCUGUAUUAUGUAUUUAGAUAAGAUGUGUGAAAAUAUAUUUGAAUAAAAGAAGUUCAUAAAUAUGCAUUGAUUUUUGUACAGACAAAUGGCACCUCUCUUAAUUUAUAAAUUGAACUGGAUGUGAACUAAUAAUGUGCAACUAGUUGAGAUAAGAGGGUUACAGAUCAUUGUACAUGGAAAAUAUUCCCAGCAGUAAACACUUCCAUUAAUGUGAUCUACAGCUUUUAAAAAGGAGCAUCUCAGAAUAAGACGGUGGUACAAUUUGCUUAUUAAAAUUGAGAAAGAAAAAAAAGACACGCUGAAGUGUAUUAGAAAGGAGAAAGAAGGAAUGUGGUUUCUCAUGAUUGGAAGCAUGAUGUAGAUCCGAUACGGCUUUUGCUAACCAAGACCAAGGGGCUCUGGCAAGACGGGUUGGUUUUCCGAAUGCCAGACCGAGGUGCCUUACGGAAGGCAGCUGCCGAUGGUUCUGUGGCACAGACUGGCUCCUGAGAACCCAGGCAACCUUGACCCGGCAGCCCGGCCCUCCACGCUAGUACCUCGCCUGAUUUCCAUCGUCGCGGUAUCUGGCCGCUUCAGACGUCCGCCGCCUUCCGUGGUGGUAGUCAAACGUAGUCAGCCAAACCACAGCAUCCCUUAGAUUAAAAGCAAACGGGGCGGCUUUGCCCAGAGCCCGUUGGCAGUGUGACGCGGGGAGAAGGGUUGUCACGAUGGAAGAUGAGGACACUAGACUCCUGUAGCACAGAAACACAAAGCCGCACGCGCUGGCAGCCUCCGGGGUGUUCCUUGCUCUCAUAUAUUAAACCUUAUAUUUUAUAAGAGUUUUUCCUCUUCUUUCACUUUUUAAAAAAAAUUAAAGUAGGUGGGGAAAAAAAUAAAGCUUUACACAUAAUUUAUAUGUGGGUAAGUGUUUCAUGGAAAUUUCUAAUCUUAACGAAGCUAAGUGGAGCUCACUCGUAUCCAGAAGGAUAACAGGUGCAG